CCUCUGUCCCCAGUCUUCACUUUGCCAUCCCCCGCCCGCGCUCUUCCUCUCCUCCGUGUAAGUUUUCUUGAAUGUUGGUCAUCUGCAGUACUGAUUGGAUUCAAGAAUCAGUGUAAUGCUCGAGCAGCAAUCCCUUGUUCAGGAGCCUCCGUUCGCUGAAUUUGAAGAAGGAAUCGACCUUUUGGGGGCCAGACCCACUGGACUCCUUUCAUGAUUCUUCGAAACCCCAUGAAGAUUGUGUAAUUUCCAAAGGAUGCCCCCCAAACAACAGAAGCUAAUCCCAGCCACCGCUCACAUCGUCGACCUCGACAGCAGCGACGAAGAUGACGCUGCUGCCGAAGUUUCUAGAAGCAGCAAGAUUGUUGUCAGUAAAACUUCGAAUGGCGCGAAAUUACAAACGAAGCCACCCACUACAACUCAGUCUGCCUGCGCUGUUAACAAUGGCGACGUUGUGUCGGCGAGUUAUGGCCCCCUUGAUAAUCGAAGUUUCUGGAGAGCCGGAGCUUAUGAAAUUGGCCCCACCGUAUCCACUAUAAUUCAAGGUGAUCUGGAGCAUGCACGUGUUCACCCGAAGUUUUUGCAUUCCAACGCCACCUCUCACAAAUGGGCCUUUGGAGCUAUUGCUGAGCUCUUGGACAAUGCAGUUGAUGAGAUUUGCAAUGGGGCAACUUUUGUGAAGGUCGACAGGAUUUAUAACUCAAAGGACAAUUCACCUGCCUUACUUUUCCAAGAUGAUGGGGGUGGAAUGGAUCCAGAAUCCAUGCGGAAGUGCAUGAGCUUGGGAUACUCCUCAAAGACAUCAAACACAACAAUUGGUCAAUAUGGUAAUGGAUUCAAAACAAGUACCAUGCGACUAGGAGCUGAUGUGAUUGUUUUCAGUCGUGCAACUCAACCAGGUCGAGCAACCCAAAGUGUUGGUCUUUUAUCCUACACAUUUUUGCGGAGAACGAGACAAGAUGAUGUGAUUGUUCCGAUGAUUGAUUUUGAUAUCUCAGACCAUUGGGCGGAGCCUAUAGUCCAUAGCUCCAAGGAUAAUUGGUCCUGUAACUUGAAAACCAUCCUUGAAUGGUCUCCCUUCGUGUCAAAGGAUGACCUUAUGCUACAGUUUGAUGAUAUUGGACCACAUGGAACGAAAAUUAUAAUAUUUAACCUAUGGAUGAAUGAUGAAGGUGUUUAUGAACUGAAUUUCGAUGAUGAUGACGAGGAUAUAAGGCUGAGAGAUGAAGUUAAUCAUGGAAAUGCUUCCAGAACAUACAAGAGAGUUCUUGAGAUGCAAUCUCAUUUGUCCUACCGUAUUCGAUAUUCGUUAAGGGCAUAUUCAUCAAUAUUGUACCUCAGAAAAUUUACGAACUUCAGAAUAAUUUUAAGAGGGAAGCCUGUCGAGCAGUUCAGUAUUGUGGAUGACUUGAAACACUCUAAGGUAGUCACAUACAGCCCCCAGGUUGGCCCAGCACCCAAAGAGAUCACUGUGGAGACCAAAAUUGGCUUCAUCAAAGAAGCUCCUGGGCUUGGAGUUUGUGGCUUCAAUGUAUACCAUAAAAAUCGUCUUAUCAGGCCAUACUGGAAAGUCACUGCUGAUGGCAAUUCCAGAGGACUUGGUGUUGUUGGAGUUCUUGAGGCGAAUUUCAUAGAACCUACACACGACAAACAGGAUUUUGAGAGAUCAAUUCUAUUUAUUAAGCUCGAGUCAAGGUUGAAACAAAUGGUCAACGAUUACUGGAAAGCUCACUGUCACUUGAUAGGACACCAACCUGAUGGCAUGAGGAAGAAUGAUGUCAAAAAGCAAUUUACUACACAACCUCAAGUUAAAGAGGUAAGUGGAAGCACCGGCAAAACUAGUCUUCAUGACAAAUUGGCAACUGUUCAGCCGAUUUUGGGGCUUGAAGCUGGUUCUCAUCCAGAAAUGUCUCAAGAUACCACAUCACUCGACAAGAUAUGUGAAGAGAACAUCCAGCUGUUCAUGAGGUGUGAGGAGUACAAGGAGAAGCAAGUCGCAUUGAGACGAAAGAUUGAGGAACUCGAGAAUGAGUUGGAGGAAACAAGAAAGAAGUCUGCUAGACUUUCUUCUCACUUGGAAAUUCAGAGGAAGCAAAUGCUACUGACCCGACAAUAGUACAAGUGUUAUGAUUCUGAUGAACUGCCAGAUUGGGCGGCAGCAGUUAUCUACUGGGUUUCACAUGCUUUAAAGCAGGGGGCCUGUCGCAUUGAUAACGAUAGAUGAAACUUUACAUAGGCUGAAUUCUGAGGUUAGAAAUACUUGCCAUGAAUAUCAACCAUGUUGUAUCAUAUCAGGAAAUUUCAUGCUAACUAAGUAGAUUGUAACCCAACGUGAGUGAAUUAUUAGAACAUAAUAUGAUAGACGUUAUAAUGUGAAAUUCUAUGGCAUCAUCGUAUAUGAUGAAAUGGUUUAUCUUGAAGUGGGUUACUACAUAGAUAGCAUGGAACUUUAUAUACCAUGAGAAACAACUCUCUCUCUCUCUCUCUCUCUCUCGUGUAUGGUUUUCAGGUGCUUUGUUCUGUGAAUGUAGACUUGACAGUUUUCGGUUUGUAAGAGAAUGGGAGAAGGAGAGAUUCUUGCAAUUUAUAAUUGAUCA